GACUAGUAGAGACUGAAUGAAUGGGACCGACCGACCGACCGACCUACGGAGUUCCAAAUUUAGAAAGCAACGGCCAACGACUCAAAAGCAAAGCUGUCUGUCAUAUCUUCGUCUUGCAAGCAAUGAUCCUUCCUUGAUUCCAACCAAAUCCAAGCUCCGGCGAAGAAGAAGAAGAAGAAGAAGAAGCAGUAAUCAGAUCAGAGCAGGUCGGCAAGCUGAUAUAAAUCCAGUUCCUGCUUCGAUCGGCACGUCGAGGGCCUGGUGAGGUAUGGCAUUCGGCGUGGAUUUGCCGGAGGCGGAGACCCCGGCUGCUACGGCGUUUGAGUGUCCGGCUAAUGACGGGGAGCCGUCUUCGCCUCUGUCGGCUAAGCUUCCGAGGAGGCUGAGGAGGCGGCUCUCUGCCGAGACGAAAGCUCCCUCCACUGCUGAGGAAAUCGAUGCCAAGCUCAGGGAAGCCAAUCUCCGUAGGCUGGCUAAAGCACGAAAGCAAGGAGAUUUAAGGUUGAGAAGGAACAUGAAUAGGGUGAAUAGAACGCAAGAGCAGGAGGACUUGCUGUCAAGAAAGCUAGCAAGGUGCUGGAGGCAGUUUGUUAGAUCAAGGAAAACUACGUUUGCUCUAACGAAAGCGUAUGAGGCGUUGGAAAUCAAUGAAAGAUCUGUGAAAGCUAUGUCUUUUGAGGACCUUGCAAUUCGUAUAGAGUCAGCUGCCACGCUUCAAACUGUCAAAGCUCUUCUUGAACGCCUAGAGAAGCGUCUCAUAAUAUCACAGGCUUCUAGAAAGGGUACAUCUCGAGUGGAAAAUAUUGAUCUUCUUCUUAAGCGCGUGGCUUCCCAAAAUCGUAAAGCUAAUUUUCCUAAAAGGGGAACUGGCAAAAAGCCUACUGCAUCAAGUGAAGAAACGCUGAAAACUUUGAAGCGCCUUCCGAGGUAUCCUGCAAGAGUUGUGCUUUGUGCUUACAUGAUAUGUGGUCAUCCAGAAGCAGUUUUCUAUGGGAAAGGUGGCUGUGAAGCUGCUCUUGCAAAGUCUGCAGCUAACUUUAUCCGGGAGUUUGAGCUGUUGAUUAGAGUCAUAUUGCAUGGCCCUCUUCAGAAUACACCCGGGAGUUCAGAUUCUGCAACUGUUAAUAAACUAUGUUUCAGCUUGCUGCUGGAAGCUUUUGAUAAAGCAUGGUGCUCCUAUUUGUAUGAGUUUGUUGCUUGGAAGGUUGAGGAUUCCAAACUUUUGGAGGAGGAGUUGAUAAAUGCUGCUUGCGAACUCAAAAUCUCAAUCAUACAGUCUUUCAAGUUGAAUCCUGCAUGUAACGAUGGGUCUGAUUAUCAUUCUGAGGCUGAGAUGAAGCAGGUCAAUGAGGGCUUGAAACUUAUAAGAGCAAGGAUAGAGCAAAUAAGUGGCGCUGCUGGAAUUGAGCGGUUGGAUCAGGCACUCAAUGAUGUAACAUCAAGUUUUCAUGAAGCUGAGAAAUUCAGUAAAUCAUGUGUUCUUCCUGUUGCAAAUGAUACUUCCCAAGAUUCGGCAUCAGCCAUCUCAGAUGAGGAUAGGGACCUAACUAAAGGCCAAAAGUCAAGCCCGAUGGUCCCCUCUUUGUCUACUAGAGACCCUUUUUCCUCAAGAAAUCUGGCAGCCUCUAGUUUAGUUCCCAAGAGCCCAAAUGCCAUGUCUUAUGAGAAUGAAGCACUUGUAAAUGAAAUUGUGCAUGGCCACUAUGAUAUUGCUGAUAAAAUUGUCAGUGAUGAUCACCAGGAUGGUCUCAAGAACAAAAUAAGGGAGACAAUGGAAAAGGCCUUCUGGGAUGCCCUUAUGGAAUCUUUGAAACAGGAUCAGCCUGAUUUUAGCUGGAUUCUCAAGCUAAUUAAGGAGGUCAGGGAUGAACUCAUUGAACUGUCUCCUCAGAAUUGGAGAAAGGAGAUAACAGAGGCUAUUGAUGUCGAUAACCUUUCAGAGGAAGUGAAUUCAGGAGUACUAGACGUAGUUAGCCUGCAGAAAAUUCUAGAGUUUGCAUUGGUUACACUGCGGAAACUCUCUUCUCCAGCAAAAGAUGAUGAAAUGAGAAUGGCUCACUCUAAUUUGUUGAAGGAAGUUGGAGAAAUUUCUCAGGCUGCAGAUGCAUCAAAUGGCUCUCUUGCUCUGUCUAUUAUUAAAGGGCUGCGAUUUGUUCUGCAACAAAUUAAGGUCCUUAAAACAGAGAUCAGCAAAGCCCGCAUCAAGCUGAUAGAACCGCUUAUCAAGGGGCCUGCUGGCAUCGAAUAUCUUCAAAAAGCCUUUGCAGAACAUUAUGGCCCUCCUGCUGAUGCUUCUGCCUCUUUGCCCUUGACCGCUCAGUGGAUCUCUUCUAUGCAGUCCAAUGCAGAGAUGGAGUGGGAGGAGCACCUUACUUCACUAGGAGAACUGAUGGCUAGCAGCAGAAUGGACUCUCAGGGGCUUCCUUCAACCGCUCUUCGAGCUGGAGGUGCGGUUUCAGCAGUCUCGAGGAUCCUCCCUCCUGCAUCGGUUUCUUCAGGUAAGGAGCAACCUGAAUGUAGAGGAGAGAAGGUUGAUGUUGUAGUGAGGCUUGGUUUAUUGAAGCUGGUGAGUGAGGUGGAGGGUGCGAAGCUGGAUAGGCUGCCUGAGACUUUGAAGCUUAAUUUCUCUAGAUUGCGAAUCGUUCAGUCUCAGCUGCAGAAGAUAAUCGUCAUCUCAACUAGUUCCUUGGUUCUUCGGCAGACUCUCCUAAGCGAGGACUCGAUUCGGACUAAGGUGGAUGUAGAACAACUUAUUUCAGAUUGCAUCAAGCAGCUCUUCGAUCUGUUGGAGAACUUUGAUGAAGCAGGUAUACCAGAGAUUGUCGGGAUGAUUAGCAGCUUCCUUGAGCACAAACUGGAGCCUGAGAAGCUCUGUGCGGUGAGUCAGAUCAUGGCGAACUUGUUAGUGAAAAGCCUGCAAGCAGGGAACCCUAUCUUCGCUAAAGUUUCAAAAGCAGCCUACUUGGCUGCAAGAGGGGUAGUCCUUGGAGGUAGCGGGGCAAAGGGGAAGCAGUUAGCAGAAGCCGCCCUACGCUGCAUAGGAGCAUCCCCUCUUGUGGAUAGGCUAGUUAGUGCCGUGGAAGCAUUGAUCGUAGUGGCAGUUGUAUCUCGUACUGUUCACGGGCAAUGGUACGAAGCCUUGCUUGGUACUUUGUGAACACUAGCCACUAGAUUGGACAAGCUCAUUAUUUAUGGCGACAGUCGGGUUUGUAUAUUUAUUGUCAUACAAGAAUGCAGAUGCUUUACUAUGUACAUAGAAUGUAUGUAAGAACCAUAAUAGGGUGUAGUGCAAUGGUGUUUACUGUUUUUUUUAUUGUGAUGUCUGUUCUGUGUGAGUGCAACUCUGUAAACGAUCUCGGGAAAUAACAUGUGCUUGUAUUGCCGCUUCGUAGCUUUGA